CGGAGUGCGUCAAUAAUUGAAUUCACUUCGCAAUUUCAAUAUCAAAUAAAUUAAGAAAUAGUUUUAAAAGUGACAAAUUUGUGAUAGAAAAUAAAUUCACAAGCUUAAGUUUAUCAUGUGAAGUAGCCGAUUAAAGUGGAAAGUGAUUUUUCGGCUCUAAAACAUGCAUUCUUGAAUUGCGACGAAUCAGAGGGAUACGACGGAGGAGGGUACACCUACCCUACGUCUUAAUUUUAAUUCAUGUUCUAAAAUUUAUCUAUUGAUCAAAUGAAACCAAACUUUUACCUGACGUAGAUUACAUGUUUUUCAAUCGUUUGCAGUAAAUAACUCCAAUUUGACUACGUUGGUUCAUACGACCUAAUCAAAACAAACUCUAGAUUUGCUUUUCUCGUCUGUUUUUGUUUCGUUUCUAUGGUGCAUCGAAAUUCAGCAGAAAAAAAAACAAACGAAACAAAAAAGCAGUGAUUUUACGAAAACAUGGACAUCUCCUGGCUUUCCGAUGCUGAAAUAAAACCGGAUCCCGAGUUAAUGAUACCGGACGACUACCAGGAAAAUGAUGGAAUUACCCAAGAAGUAACAACGGGUACGGCCUUGACUUCCAACGGAUAUUCUGUAUCAUUGCUAGCUUCCGACGAAGGAAUGCAGGGCAACAGCAAUGCUGAACAUGUUCCAAAGAAAGAUAAACAAAAACAUUCCAAGGAUAUGCUAAAUGAGAUUUUGGCCGGCAUAAAGGCCAAACGUUAUACAAUUCACUAUGCGGCCAAGAUGUCCGGUGUUCCCCGAUCCACGCUUCGAUACCGAUUGGCUGCUGAGCGAAAAGGUAUUAUAGGCAAAAAAGGGUUCACACGGUUCUCACUUCAGGAAGAGAGCUCGAUUGCACAAUGGGUACAAAGACAACAAAGCCGCGGUCUUCCCGUAACUAAGAAAGAAAUCAGCCAGCGCGCGAAGGACAUGCUAGAUAAAAAACCAAGGGCAACGGAAAAAAAAAUUCGCAAUGGAAUGCCAGGUAGAAAAUGGCUCGCUAACUUUCUCCAGAGAAAUGAACAUAUUACAUUAACGCCGGAAUCUACCGAUUCCUCGCUAAAUGAGAAAAACAUCCAGGACUGGUUUAAAAGGAUUGGUGAUUAUCUCGAACAAGAAAAAGUAAAAGAUGUAUUGAAUGAUCCUACUCGAAUCCUUUACGGCGAUGAAACAUUCUAUCGAUUACAUUUAAAAAUGCCAAAAACUAAAGUAGUGAACCCAAACGAUACGUUGCGUUCGACAGUACUGUUUACAUUUAGCGCCAAAGGGUCCAUAUACCCGGCAAAUGUGUCACUGCCGGUGCCACGAAUGUCAAAACAAAUUGCCGAUACCUUCCCAAUUGGUUGGAAAAUACACCAAACGGAUGAUGGUUUAAUGAAAACGGCAGAUUUUCAUUCUUAUAUUCUCGAUACACUCGUUCCCGCGCUACAGAAAGAAAAGGUACGGUUUCCAGUCCUGUAUUUUAUUCAGGGCUUUAAAUCCAGGGCGGCCAGGUUGGCUGCUGACCUUUGCAAAGAGCUAGGAAUUAUUAUAGUAGGUUUAUAUGAAAAUUCCUCCAACGUGCUUCAACCAAAAGAUACUUCCAUAUUCAAACCCAGCAAUGUGCUGACGGAUUCGUUCUGCGGAAUUUGUACCGUUGAUCGUAAACCGCUAACAAUAACCGUUAAUAACUUCGGAAAGCUUAUACAAGAUGCAAUGGAUACCGGAAUUACAAAAUAUCGGAUACAGAUUGCUUUUCGGAACGCAGGUAUCUAUCCAUUUGAAGCGACUGCUGUGAAAUUUGAUAAACGCAUCACACCAAAUUUUGCCGAUGCUGAGCUAGACACAUCGGAUAAUUCUCCGUCAGAAGAGAAUAUUCAACCAACAAGCGGAUCAAUCAUACCACAGCCAAUUGAGCCUAGGCUUUUAACUCCUCCAAACCCGCCUGCGUAUUUACAAGUACCGACUAAAUAUAUCGAGCAAGCUCUCGAUAUGAUAGGCGAAUUUCGCAUCACGGAAUACCUGGAACAGCCGCCUUAUCUCCUGUCACCGGAGCAAAACAUCAUUCAGUACAUGUACUUCAACAUCUUAGCACCGCAUGCCAAAAAGGCAGCUGCAGUAAAGAUUGAUCGAAAGACAGAUCUGAACAGGGAAUCGGUUUUCGUAAAUGAGAAUCCGCAGAUCGAUCGUGAUAAUAGUUGUUCUCUGGUGUCCUCGGAUGAACCAGGUGGAACUAUAACGGUUCAGGUGGAAAUGGAAGGAGAUCUAGAACUCAAUUCUUAAAUUAACUUCGUUCAAAACUGUUUUUCCCUGUAAUGACCAAUUAUUAUAGAUAUAUAAGUUGCAAGGUCUGAAUUAAGUUCUCUUUCAUAGGCGAUUUGACCAAUACGCAACUGUAUAGAUUCCCAAUUGUUCUCCUUGAUCUGAGUUAAUAGUUUAUUGUUGUAACUGACAGGCUAUGUAAUAGAUAAUCAAUUAAAAAUUACAAAAUAAUACUGAACAUAUAGGCCUUGUCGGAUGAACUUUUUUUUAUGUUGGGAAACAGACCAAUUGCGGUAAAUUUUCGGACAAAAUAAGUGCUGCUAGGAGAUUCAAUCUAGUUUACCGUCGUUGGAUGACGACAUUAAGAAAUGCCAAAAAUAGUAUAGCAUAGUUAUGAUUUUGUCCCUUGACUCUUACUUUGUAUCGAUAGGGUGACGUUAAAUCAAUAAAGAACAAUUAAAAUUUCCAUUUUUAAA